CUGUUUUACUCCGCUUCGUCAGUACGUCGCACGACGGUGCGGCGGGUAGUGUUUGGGUUUUUUGCGAUAGUCGCGCGCGAGUAAACGUGUUGAGGAAAUUGUGUGUUUUGGAGAGUCCAAUGACAAUCCAAUGUCUCGCGUCCGUUUCUUGUCGCAGUAACACGAGAAGUUGGCCGAUGUCACACUGCUUUUACCAUCGCAAUGCACUUCAUGUAACGAGGAAACAUUGCGCGCGCGCGCGAAUGCCUUGCUUUGAAAACGACGCGAAACGGCGGUGAAACGAUUGCAAGAUCAUAACAGAGAUCGAUUCUCAACGUAUUUUCAAGUUUGUGCCCGGUGAACAAUUGAUACAAGAAGGAGGAGAGAAGAAACAGAAGCGAGGAAGAAAAGUACAGUGGAGUAUACAGUGGAACUGGCAGCAAGUGCAUCGAGUCGCUUCGUCGCUUCGUCCGGGCGGAUCGGUCCACACACGCGAAACUAUGCGACCAAAUUAACGACACGGCGAAGGAAGCAACAGAGAGUGAGAGAAAGAGAGAAGGAGCGAGAGCGAGUCGCAGAGGCAAGUCGCGGCGAGCAAGAACGCCGCGACCGGUUGAAGCCGUGCGAGAAUAUGCGCGAGAGGCGGACCUGAGCGCGAGCGAGCCAUGGAGGACGUAGCAGCAGCAACAGCGCAGGAUACCUGCUUCGGGGCGGGCAGCAUAGCCGGAGCCGUGAUCGGGACCUUUCUGACGACGAUCCUUCUGCUCGCCGUCGCCGGGUUUCUCUACAGGCAGUGGCGCAGACAUAAGGGUAAGCACUUGGUGCUGAUGACGGAUCCCGAGAUUGUCGAAGACGCGUACGCCUUUGACAAUCCUUGCUUCAAGGAUGCCACGCCUGCCGCUAUUAGUCGCGUCACAGAGAGAUCGUCGUCGACUGUACCCGGGGACACGCCUGCGAAGGAUUCUACACGAUGGUCCACGCCUUGGACAUCCUUGGGUCUCGGGUCGGCUAUCCGCAGCGAUAAACGCCGUACCCUCGACGACUCCUGCGUCGGACCCAAGGCCACCCGGGUCAGCGUGGUCAGUCUGCGUAGCCGUGACUUCACCGGUCUCGGCUUUAACGUGUGCGGUAACAUGAGGGAGGGCAUCUUCGUCAAGGACCUGCUGCACCGCGGCCCCGCAUCCGAGUCCGGACGGAUACACCCUGGCGAUCGCAUCUUCAGCGUGAAAAUCAGCUUCCGCAACAUGGUGUACGAGGACGCGCUGACGAUUCUGAGCUACGCCUCGCCGUACGACGUGGAGCUGGAGGUGGAGAACGGCGGCAGCGGCUCAAAGCCGACGACGUUGCUGAAGAAGAGCGUCGGCCCGAGUCCGAUGAGGAUCUGCCAUCCGCUCUACAGGAGCCAGUCGAUUCCGGAGAUGUCGAAAGCUCACACGAGCGUUGCAAAGCGGCUCUUCAUAGCCGACCCGAAUGAGUCCGUAAGCUCCAACUAUUCGCCGAUGAACUCGACCGUCAAGUCCGCGAAAUCAACGCCGGGAAGCGGGCAGAGCCUCGAAAGGCAUCACGAGGAGACGAAGAACAAUCAUCAUAAAUUCGGCAUCAAAGUGCUGCCGGCACUGGACGGCACCGUGCAUCGCAUCGAGAAUCAGAACGAGCAUAACACGAACCUGGAGAGAAGGCACUCGCGCAAGAUGGACGCGGAGAAGCUGACGAACAGACAAUCCACAACGUCAGGAGAGGCUGCGGGCGACGAUAGAAAGCUCAGUAGUGAGCGUCUUCAGCAACGCUCGGACUCGAGAAUCGCCGAUGUGCGCAGCAUCGACACGCCGGAUAAAGGCGGCAAGAGCGCCGAUGGUGGGCUCAAUAUACCGUCAGAGAUGCCGACGGAAGUGCACAACGCAGCCAUGGCGGCUCGUAGAAACAGGAAGAGUAGCUCGGAGCCGCUGAAGGAUGCGCAGAAAAUCAGCUCGUCGGAGUCGGAAGGCGCCAAGAGUCCGCAGAAGAACAAGCGGAAGGCGCCGGCACCGCCGAAGAGCAGCAACGAGACCGCCGCAUCGCCGGCGAAGAGGGACGCCAUCGAUACCAUCGACAGCAUCGCCGACUACACGGAAUCACUGUGCGAUUACGUGAAUAAGACGCGUGAGAACACGGACGCCGCCGCGGACGCCCGCAGGCAACGUCUGGAGAGUCAAUCGAUGGUGAAGAGACGGAAUUCCGAGUCGGACACCGAUAGCGAGAUGCAGAAUAGCUUUACGACGAUCGAGCUGAACCCGGCGGACAUCACGAUUCACCGCACGCCGGUGCCGGAGGCAAAUGACGACAACGAGGACGAGGACGACAUGUACAGGAAGGCGGCCAGCCUGGGUGAUCUGUCUAAGUACGAAAACAAGACCGCGACAACGCUGGAGCGAGCGCAGAGCCUCGACAUGAGCGCCGAGAGCGGCGCGAAGAAGCGCAAGGCGCCGUUGCCGCCUGAGGACAUUAACGAAUCCACGGAGGACCUCACGAAGCUCGAUCAGAUCGACACGUUCGACCGACGGAAGUUGAAGAAAUCGAACGAGUGGGGUACUCUGGAAGAUGUGAUUUGGAGCGAGGCUGCUGCCGAGGCGGACGGAAAGGCGCGCGGCAAGGCGCGUACGAGAAAGAAGAGCAAUGGCACCCUCGAGCGAUCCAAGUCCGCGGUGGAAAUUAAGCUGAAGGAUGAAGUUACCGUAGCGACGGUAGUGGAUGAUACAUCCGAGAAGAAGAAACCCGAUGAUGACUCGGAUCACGAUACCAUUAGUAUCGAGUUGUACAAUCUGCCGUUGAGCAAGCGACUGACUCAGGAGUUUAUUCACACCGAACGGAUGUUCAAUCCGGACGAGGACAAUUCUCUAGCUAGAAUCGUGAACGAUGGCCAGGUGGUGAAGAGCCCAACCCCAGAGGAAGUGGAGCUCAACUUCCAGCUGGCUGACAAGAAACGCUCCUCCGAGGAAAGUAAGCACGAGAAAGAAAACGGAAGUGAUGCGGAGAAUCUCGCACCGGAGAAAUCGGAGGACUUUAGUCGCGCGUUGCGCUACUUCGAGUUGCACGCCAACGCGUCGCCGACGUCCGCAGAACCGACGACGAAGGUCAAUCUGACGCAGUUGGAGGAAUGGAAGGAAGAAAAAGCGCCCGUUAACGAUGCAUCGCUGUAUGUCGGCCGGCAGCCGGUCGUGGAGGAACCCAUCUCGAAGGUGACAAUAGACAGAGGUUGUCGCUACUGCGACGACAAAUGCAACCGACAUAGCGCCGAAUGUGAACACGGGAAGCACGUCGAUAGGUCGACGCACACGCAUCGCGCGACCGCGCGAUCCUUGUCCGAAGACAGCAAAACGACGAACGAGAGAGAAACGGAGCGGACGUCCACGCCGACGCAUCUGCGAAUUCACGCGUCCAAGUCGGAGCCGGAUAGAUACAACAAAUCCCAGGAUCUUGGAGAAGAAAAUGCGGAGAGAAAGAACGGCGGCAGCUUCUCGACGUUCCUCGCGCACCGGACGAAAUUCGAGCAGCGAGGGACGGAUCAACCGCACGAUAGGUACUCGCCGAGCAAGCCUAAGUCGCCGACCGACUCCUCGUACGCCGAUAUGCACUUUGCCAGACGCGUCAUCAACGUCUCCGGACACGACGAGGACGACGAGGAGGAGGACGAAUACGAGUUCGGCGUGACGGCCAACAGCCGCAAGAGUCCAUGCUCGCCAAAAGAGGAUCGUCACAACAUUAGCAGCGUCAGCGUGUCGAGCGGCGAAAAUAGUGAGGACAGCGGUCUGGUCCGGGAAUCGAUGGACUACAACAAUUCACAGGACUCAGAGAGCCGUCCACCGUUGCCCAACACGCCCAUGCCGAACGCUACCCAGAAGAUGACUUACAUCACGGAGAUCAAGGUGUCGUCCAACAAGGAGGGUGGUAUUCGCGAGGUCGGCAGCGAAAACGAUGAGCUGACGAUCGAGAGCAACGGCGAGCCACGAAAGCCGGUGCAGCACGAGAUCAAAGUAACGUCGAACGGCAAACCGACGUCCGGCAAGAAGCCGCCGGUACCGCCGAGGCGAUCGGACAUCGCUAAGAGCCCGAAAGAAGAUCGGACGGACAAGCAAGUCGUUUACGUGUCCGAGUACAAGUCCACGACGGGCAAAGGCGCGCAGAUCCUGGACGCAAACCCAUCAGAGAUCAAGCAGUCGGAGAACAAAAAGUUCGAGCAUUGGAUCUUUAUGGCCGAUAAAGAGCAGAAUCGCUGGAGUCCUGCUUCUGGUCAACCGCAGCCCGUAACGAACAUCGUAUUGUCGUCUCGAGAGGAGACGAAUUAAAAUAUCGAUCUUCGAUUCCCUUGUUACACGCGAUAACAUGGAUGCGAGCAGAAAUAAUCAAUAAUCUAUCAUUCAGUUUCGAAAAGAUAGUACAUUAAAAAAAAAAAGGCUGGAAAUGAGAUUUCUUAAUAUACAAUGUUAUGAAGACGAAUUACGAUUAAGGCUAAUGAAUGUUGAGUACUUUGAAAAAUAACAAUAUAUUGGAAUGAUGUUCUUUCUAAAAUAACUGAUUUAAUUAAAAUUUUCAAAUGAAAAGAA